UGAUCUCAAAAGUACACGAUGACUGCAAUCAUCUACGUAGUGCUAGAAUAAUUCAGUGUAACUAUCCAAUAGCAAAGCAGACCAACAAGUGCAGUACAAAUCUUGACGUGAUAGAUAUCUGUCCAAACAACUAUGGAACUGGUAGCAGAAAAUACACCGUUUAACCUCGCGGAUUUUGUGGAUAGUGACACUUUAUCAACCAUACCCCAAAUAUCUCCCCCCGAAUUGGAUGGUUCUUAUGAUACCAUAAGUGAUCAGGAGCUCGCCACUAUCUUGACUGACACUUUGUGCAAUGACCUCAGUGUGAGUCCCGAGAAUUCAAGCAAGGAUGAUGAUUCUUGGUUCAACCGCAGUGAAUUGUUUGGCGCGGAAUAUCCCGAACUUUCAGAAAGUUCCUGCCCCAUUUGUAACAAACCCGUCGGGAAGCAUAGUUAUUAUGGAGCUAGAGUGUGUGUGAGUUGUCGAGGUUUCUUCCGAAGAUCCGUUCAAAACCAUCAUUAUCCUAUUUUUAAAUGCAAUUUCAACGAAGAUUGCGCCAUUGACUCAAAAUCCAGGACCAGUUGCAAAGCAUGUCGUUAUCAAAAGUGCUUGAUUGCCGGAAUGAAGCCCAAUUUAGUGAUGUCCAAUGAAGAGCGAAAGAAGCGAAUUGUGAGGAAGUAUUCGAAAACUUCGACAUUGGCCAUGACAUACCAAGAUCUGAAGAAGAGCUCCCAGAUGUCCUUGUUAUUCACGGAUGAGGAUGAAAAUCGAUAUUAUAUGGAGUUCCAGGAGCUAAUAAGGGGUUCUUGUGCCCACUACGUCAAUUUCUUUGCCGACCAUUUGGAACUUCUGGACAAGUUUGCCAACUCUGCCUUAACGGGCAAAGUUCGUGAUAGAGCUUUGCUCGACUCCAUGGAUCAUUUGGAUGAGUCUUGGAUGACCAACUACUGCUUUCAAUUACCUCAAAUUGCUAACGUGUCGGCCUUUGAUAAGAUGGUGCUUCUCCGACACAAUUAUCCCACGAUUUUCGGAUUGCUGUGGGGAGCUUAUAACACGAACCAGGAUUUUUUUGCCUAUUUUUUGCUAGUCUUAGAAUACGCAGAAAAAGAGCAAGAUCGCAACGACAAGGCAAAGAAGAUCAUGGCCUUUCAGCACAAGGAUAGCUUCAUGGUUGACCCUAUUGUAAAGUUCCCCACCCGGGAAUGCGUGUAUCGAUAUGACUUAUCCCCCAGCGAUGAAUUCUUUAUCCAAAUGAAGAAGAUGCAUCAUCUGCUUCGAGAUCCACGAACAAAUAAAUUGGACCUUACCUUGUUUAGCUUAGUCCUUCGUUAUGUCAUGGUUUGCACUGAUUUUCAAGCCAAGUUGGAAAACAGAGAGGGUAUCAACAAGAUUCGAGAUUGUCAAUUUUUCCAACUGAAAAGGUACAUCCAAUCAAAACACAAAGUGAAUGAUGUCAAUAUCUUUACUAUCCUAAGUACGGCUCAAUGUGUGCACACUGCAAUGCAAAGAAAGGUAUUUUCUUGACUUUAAAUAAACGUCAAUCGACCAACAA